UCCACAGAAAAGGGGCCAGAAAGCUGAAGGCUCUGCCUCCCAUUCUGCUCUUAAUUCUGCCCUAGUAACCACAAGUAAACCGGCAGUCAGAGAGUAAAGUGCUGUAUUAGGAUAAUUUGAUGCAAUUAGGUCUUUACAAUAUGUUGAACAUAUGUGAGAUUUAAAAGGACAUUUGAAAACAUCUGAUCUAAAGUGUUUUUUUUCUGAAUGUCUGCUGUUUGUCAGUCCAUCAAAGCAAAGAUGGAGGAGUUAAGGCCUCUCAUCCCAGUUCUGGAGUCCUACAAAGCAGAUGCACUGUUGGUCCGCCAGUUUAAAGAAGAGGCAGCGAAUGUGACGGAGCUGCUGGGAUCAUUGCAGGAACAGCUCGGAGGUCUGGACUACCAGGAGCUCCACAGCCGGGUGAUAAGCCUGGAGGACCGACUGAAGGCUUGCAUGCAGAGGCUAGCUUGUGGGAAGCUCACAGGAAUCUCCGAGCCAAUCACCAUAAAGACAUCUGGAUCUAGAUUUGGAUCAUGGAUGACUGACCCACUUGCUCCAGCUGGAGACAACAGAGUAUGGUACAUGGAUGGGUACCAUAACAAUCGUUUUGUUAGGGAGUACCAGUCCAUGUCUGACUUCAUGAUGACAGACAAUUUCACCUCUCACCGACUUCCUCAUCCCUGGUCUGGUACUGGGCAGGUGGUUUAUAAUGGAUCUCUUUACUUCAACAAGUUUCAGAGUCACACAAUCAUUAAAUUUGACUUCAGCACAUCGCUCAUCAGCAGAUCGCGACAACUUGACUUUGCUGGUUACAACAAUAUGUACCAUUACUCCUGGGGUGGGCACUCUGACAUUGACCUCAUGGUGGACGAGGGUGGGCUGUGGGCUGUAUAUGCUACCAAUCAAAAUGCUGGUAAUAUUGUUCUUAGCCAGCUAAACCCCAACACCCUACAGAUCAUCCGCAGCUGGACCACCAACCAUCCAAAACGCAGCGCUGGUGAGGCCUUCAUGAUCUGUGGAACCCUGUAUGUCACCAAUGGGUACUCAGGUGGAACCAAAGUAUACUACGCCUUUUCCACCAACUCAUCCACUUAUGAGUACAUCGACAUCCCUCUGACCAACAAAUACAGCCACCUGUCUAUGCUUGACUACAACCCUCGAGACAGAGCGCUCUACGCCUGGAACAAUGGCCACCAAGUUCUUUAUAAUGUCACACUUUAUCACAUAAUACAGUAACAAUCAAUAUUAGCCACUCUCACAUUCAAAAGAAAAAACAAAUCAAGACCCCACAAUGUUACUGCAAUCACAGUACACACGAUCCCUUACACAGGAUGCUCUGUGGGCCUUUACAAAGUAAUGCUCCAAAAUUUUAUACAAUUAAAGAAUAAAUAUGAUCCUGAAAACAUUAGGUGAUAUCAAACUAUACAACUAAAUAAAAAAAAAAAUAGAAUAAAUCCUAAAGUACUCUGACUGUUAGAGGGUCAAAAGAAAAUAGAAAAUAGUUAUCAGGUCAGUUUAUUUGCUUCCUGGACAGAGUGGUGUAUUAGCUACAAUUAGCUUAGCUCCAUCUGAAGAGAAAAAAAACCUUCCAAAAAGCUGAAGGCUGGGUCCCUGAUUCUCCUCUUGUCCACACAUUCCUCUCUAACAGAAACUUCAUCAUCUUAAAAAAUGACUCACCUGCAUGUGAAAUCUUCAGGGAACUGCUAGCCCUGAGAUAGAAGAGAGCCCAUUCUGAAAGCGGAACCACUAAUUUUACAGCCCUUGUCAGUAUAUAGGUAGUGACUUAAGAUUUAGUUCAGGUUUAGAGAAAUAUUUUGAUUGCCAGUAUAGGCCUUUAAGGUGUCAGCUGAUGUACUCAAGAGUAGAACCGGGAUCAAAUCAGGAAACCCGUCUAUGUGAUGCUGUGUUUGAACACUUCAGGUGCUAUUACAUUUUUAGACCAGUCCAUUAAAUAUGUCAAAAGAACAUAAGAGGAAUCUAAGAGAGUGUUGGGUUUUUUUCUGUCAUGAUGGAGCUAGCUAACCAAACCAAAUGUUCUCAGUAGCUGUGCCCCAAAAUGUCGGCUGCAUCCUCCUGAGGCCACAUUUGUAGGCCAAUUAUGUCACAGCCAGGCAACAAAGGCUGUCCCAAUUCGUCGACUCCUUCAAAUGCGGCCGACAAAU